AUAAAGAUGGCCGACGAGGAGGAACAGGAACCAAAUAAUACGUCAGAGAAUGUUAAAUUUCCAUCAGAACGCUCGGCCAGACAAGCUAAAAAGAACGCCAGAUUAACACAAAUUAUCCUCAAGAAUGAAAGAAAUGCAGCUACGAGACUUGUUUCAGCAAUUCUGAAGAAAGCUGCAAGUGACAGGACAACUGAGGAAUUGGAAGUUUUGUCAAAGUCGCCUGAAUUAACAAGUCGACUCCAGAAGCUAGCCAAAAAAAGAGAUGCAGCAAAAUCAAGACAUCUUGAGGUGGAGGAUCCAGAGGAUGUGUUGCAGUGUAAGUGCCAACAACUUGCCCAAGCCAUUCAAGCCUCAAAUAAAGUGGUGGUGUACACAGGUGCUGGCAUUAGUACUGCUGCUUCCAUUCCUGACUACAGAGGACCCAAUGGAGUGUGGACUUUAUUGCAGAAAGGCCAACAACCUGAGGCCCAAGAUUUGAGUGAUGCAGAGCCUACACUAACACACAUGAGCAUCACCCAGCUUUACAGAAAGGGACAUAUAAAACAUGUGGUCUCUCAGAACUGUGAUGGUCUCCAUUUAAGAAGUGGAUUUCCUCGACAGAUCUUAUCUGAAGUACAUGGCAACAUGUAUAUCGAGGUGUGCACCCAUUGUAAGCCUCAGGUAGAGCAUAUCCGAUUAUUCGAUGUGACAGAGAAGACGGGGGUUCGACGCCACAGCACUGACAGAUCUUGUCACAUCUGUGGGAAACCACUGAAGGACACCAUUGUUCACUUCGGCGAAAAGGGUGGACUCAAGUCUCCUUACAGAUGGAAGGAGGCCGCAAAAGCUGCUAACAACUGUGAUAUUAUUCUAUGUCUUGGAACCAGUUUAAAGAUAUUAAAGAAGUAUCCUUGCCUAUGGUGUAUGGACAGAAGACUCCACAAACGACCUAAACUGUUCAUUGUCAAUCUUCAGUGGACUCCCAAAGACGACACAGCUACACUGAAGAUAAAUGGUCGCUGUGAUGAAGUCAUGAAGAGAGUUUUAGAGAUGAUGAGGAUACCCCUUCUUACUUACAACAGAGAGGAUGACCCAAUUUUCAGCAUGUUUUCAGAUCUAAAGAGAUCUGAAAGACUUUCAACAUCAAAGAAAAUACUCAUGAUACCUAAUACUCUUCACAAAAGGAAAAAUAGGAAACCGACCAAAGAACUCGACAAAGUGAAUAUGCAAAAAGAGGAACCACCAAAAGAAGAGAAACCAAAGGAGCCUUUGUCUGUGAACUGUACAAUGGGGAGUAGUGUCCCUGUCCAACCCUUUGUUUCCCCAACAGACACAAGACCAGGACCACCUCCUUUACUUAAUCCAAAUAAUGGUAAUCUGUUUCCCCCCCUUCCAACAUUCAUGAACGGAACAAAUCAACUACCCCCACUCGUGCAACAAUACCUUAAUCUGAAUGCACUUAUUCUUGCCUCAAACAUUCAACAGAUGUCAAGUCAGUUACUGAACAAUGCUUGUGAGAAGUGUAAGGUUAGACGAGAUUUGAACUGUCGCUGUAUGACUUCUUUGCCUCAGGGACUGGGAGUGCCCCUCCUUCCGAGAUUGCCUCCCUUUCUUCCAUUCCUGCCUCCCCAACCCUCUUUGCUGGAUUACCCUCGGAUGGGCAUGCCAGCAGUCCCCCCUCACUGGCUUCCUUCUGCUCAGGGAAUGUUUCAGCCCCCUUUAAGUGCACCUUCCAAUAGCGUGCGUGCUAUGCUGAAUGACCACUGCUACCUCAACAAAGCUCAGAUGCAAAAACUGUCUCCCCAAAGUCAGGUCUCGUCUCCUCCAGUCUCGCAAAUACAACCUCCCCGGCAGAACAAAACCAAGUCUUCCGAGAAUGAGAUAUCAAAUCCUAGGAUCAAAGUGGAAUCAUCCAAGUCUUCCCUAAAAAGAGAAAGAACUAAUCAUCCGUCUGUCACUUUUUCACUUGAGAGUCAUUCAGAUGAAGAAAGUCCUCGUCUGGCUACAUCUAAUCCAGACAUCCAAUUUCAGGACAAUCGUGUGAAAGAGGAAAAUCAAGAAAAACCUUUGAACAGCAUUAACAAAAACAAAUCAUGGCCCUCUGUGAUAACCAAUGACAAUUUGACCUUGGAACGAUCUGUGUCGGAACAGCUGAUUUUUGAUAAGACAAAGGAGGAAGAGGAUGAGGCAUCUCCAAACAAAAAACGAAAAAUCGUACGAAGCACCUCCGUUCCCGGCUGGUUUGGGAAGGGACUGAAUCUGAAAAAGAAAAGGAGAGUCUGAGAAACAGAUGUUUUCAGUUGAGCAUUUGAAGUGAACAGUUUGAAUGUUUUGUGCAUUUUUUUUUUUUUUUUUUUUUUUGGCGUAAAAGGUUUCAUAUAUGUUGUGUUUCUAUACAAUUCAUGCUGGUGCAAUAUAUUUUUUCCCUUCUCUUGUUUUACUAAUCAUAUACUGGGUAAUAAUUGAUAUUUUCACAUGAUCUCAUAAUGAUUCUAGUACAAAGAUUUGAUUUAAUUGAUGGUUUUAAUCAUGUGAGAAGAUAUUUAUUGCAUUGUGUAUAUGUGCAUUUAUUUUGGUAUGUUGUACUAAACACUAGUGCUUUUCUACUUAAAAUUUUUGGAGGCUCUGGGUAACAUUGAUGUUAUAUGUGCAUAGGCACUAUUUAUUCUUAUGUCAGAAAUUAGAGAGAAAAAAUUAUUAACAGUUUUGUUCCCAAAUAUUAAAUUAACGAAAUUACUAUUUUCACAUUCACUUACCGGGUAGCUGUAAUUAAUAGGCAUUUAUUUGAAAGUAUAUUUUGAGGGUACUGGAUUAUUAACCCAGCAAUGGUAGUUAAUUAAUUUUUUUUAGAAGACAAGUAACUUUAUAGAAUCUUGCUAGGAGUUAUUCUACCAAGGAUGGAUGUAACAAAUUCAUUCCAUUGUGGUUUAAAUUGCAAAAGUUUCAUCGUUUUACAUUGCCUUAAUCAAAGAAUUAAGGGGCUAUUUUUGUACAGAGUUUGUAACAAUGGUCCGACAGAAUUUUUUCAGUUUUGGUGAGCUUAUGCUAUUCCACUUAUAUUGCAUCACUGUCAAGGUCAGUGAACUUGUGUGGAUGAUGUAUAUACUGUAUAGGCAUGGACACUACCAGACUUACCUUAGAUCAAUCAUAUGUAGAUGAUGUUUCUUGAGAUGUCCACUAACAGUAACGCUUCAGUUGCACUGACUUAAAUUUUGGGACAGUAAUCUGGUUAAUUUUUUUUUCAGAUCAGUUCUAUUCAUAAAUAAUUGGUGACCAAAUUUGCAUGGAUGACAUCAUCAAAGGAUGGAUAGUACUAGGCUGUGUCUGAAAUAUAUUCCCAAUGAAUGACCAAAUGUAUUACAAAACAGAUUCAUUCUUAAGACAAAACUUUUGCAUGGAUGACGCAUCAAGGGAUGCACAUUUACCAGGCAAUUGUUUACCUACCUGGACGAUCUGACCUAGAUUUUCAAGGCCAUCAGAACAAAGAUAGGUGUAAGGUCUAUUUCCAAGAAAAUAUAAAUUGUACCAAGACCAGCCCUGCAUUGGUGUGCCUCAGGAGAUGAACAUUUAAUUGAUAUAAGACUUUGCCUUGAACUAUAGACAAUAUUUGUAAAGAUGGGAUUUUUUUAAAAUCUUUGAUUACUUAUGUUUUUGUCAACUGUUCUUAGACAAUUGUCAGCUAAGUAACAUCUAGAACCAUAUAUGUAUGACAUCUUGAAUUUGAAUAUGUAGAGUCAUCAGGUUAAGGGCACAUUGAUUCAUCCUUAAAGAGGGUAGUGCACUGUAAAGAAUUCAGAUUUAAUUCUCUGAAAAUGAAACAAAGCAUGUACAUGUAUGCAUUGAAUCAAAAUUGCAAGGGAUGCAUAGCAGGUUAACUUGAUACUACUUAGUUUUAUAAAAGGAGUUGAAUUUCUUGGUUUCUUAUUGUAAAUUUUUCUAUAGAGAAGGUAUUUUUCGUACCCUGCAGUUGGCCAGUAGAACAAUUUUGUAUGUAUAUUUUUGUGGUUUUUAAUUUCACUUUGGAAUGACGAGUUUCAUUCUCUCUUUUUAUUUAUGUUUUGUAACGGGUGACAGAGAACACGAUUCUUUUGUAAUGUAUCAAGUUUUUGUUGACUACUAAUUUCGGAAUAGAAAUAAAGCCAGAUUUGGUAUAA